CAUCUAUUUGAUUUCCCCAUCAUCAAAAAGAGAUCUAUUUGUUUUAACUUACCAGCAAUGGUUGAAAGCAAUAUUUCUGGCGAAGCUGGCUUUGGGAGAAGUUUAUUUGAGAGAUUGAGCUCAUUGGGUCACUCAAAACAUCUUCUCAAAAUACAGUACCGAAUGCAUCCAUCCAUAAGUUUCUUCCCAAAUUUGAAAUUUUAUCACAAUCAGAUCUUAGAUUCUCCAAAUGUUGAAAGAAAAAGCCACGAAAAGCACUAUCUUUCCUGGCCAAUGUUUGGUCCCUAUUCUUUUAUAAAUAUAGUAGGUGGAAGAGAAGAGAAGGAUGAUGUUGGGCGUAGUACAAGGAACAUGGUUGAGGUUGCUGUUGUUAUGAAAAUACUGCUGAAAUUAUACAAAGCUUGGGGUGGUUCGGAACAGAAACUCAGCAUUGGUGUUAUAUCUCCUUACGCUGCCCAAGUAGUUGCAAUUCAAGAGAGACUUGGGCGGAAGUAUGAUAACCUUGAUGGGUUUGCAGUGAAGGUUAAAUCAGUUGAUGGGUUCCAGGGUGGGGAAGAGGACAUAAUAAUAAUAUCAACAGUAAGAUGUUAUAGUUAUGGAUCAAUUGGGUUCGUAUCAAAUCCUCAGAGAACUAAUGCUGCUCUUACAAGGGCUAGGUAA